GAAAAUUCUGCCGAGUCGGUUGUGCGAAUUCGCACGAGCGGAGAAAAUAACUGGCUAACGGUACUUGCCGACGGCACAUAACGCGCAAACAAACUAUUAAUUUCACAGAAACCCGGCCUAACAACGCCCCAAUAAUCGAAAAAAUCAACAAAACAUUGAGAAUUGAAAACUCUAAACCGAAUCUGAGAACUUUAAAACCAUUUGGCUCAGUAUGGAGAUUUUAGGCAAAGUGCGUGCAAUUAUUCAACGCAUGACAACCAAUUAAUUGGCAAAAGAGAGCGAGAGCACAGCCCGCGGGCAGCAACAACUAGUUGAGAGACCCCCAGAAAAUAUAUAUCAUAUAUCUGGGGAGCCGGUUAACGCCUGUCAGUGCAUCGGAAAGGCAACAACAAACGGUGCGGCAAACACUUGACCGCUUUUCCAAAACGUUUCGGCGACGGUCGCUAAGCUAAUCUCACCCAGAAAACUACGCUCACAAUCGCCAACGACAUCGCGAUGAUUUAUGCAGAUAUUUCUAGCGAAAUAUUCUGCAGGACUGGCAAAUAAUUGACAUCUGAGUGUAUGCUACACUAAACUUGUUUGAUAUGUAAACCGCGGGUCCUGUAAACAAUAGUGUAAACACCGAUAUAUUGCACUCCACGAUUUUCGACUAUUACGGCCACAUAUUGACACUGACUAACCUCCUGGAGUGCAGUGGUUCUGGAUGGAGACAACCUGCGGGUGCCGGGGCCCACGAGACGCACAGGAAUCAACUGGAGCGACGGCAUCGGCAUCAGUAUCGGUAUUGGUAUCACCAUUGGCAGGGGCAUCGUCAGCGGCAUUGGCCACCGGUUGCCACGAGAAACCGCAGUUUCAACAACAGCAGCCACAUCAACAACAUGGCCAUAAAGCAACAGCACCGAGCAAGCUGUAAUUCAUGGUUACAACUACCCAACGAACUGCUGAUAUUGAUGGUGAACACAGAUACACACCCAUCGCAACAGUACCGCCAUGAAUGAGACAGAGUGCGAAGAUCUCAUCAAAUCUGUGAAAUGGACGGAACCAGCCAAUCUGAUCUCCCUGGCCGUACUCGAGUUCAUCAACGUUCUGGUCAUCGGUGGCAACUGCCUUGUGAUUGCCGCCGUCUUCUGUUCGAAUAAGUUGCGCAGCGUAACGAACUUUUUUAUCGUUAACCUGGCUGUGGCUGACCUUCUGGUGGGUUUGGCGGUGCUACCCUUCUCAGCCACCUGGGAGGUCUUUAAGGUUUGGAUUUUCGGGGAUCUCUGGUGCCGCAUUUGGCUGGCCGUCGAUGUUUGGAUGUGCACGGCAUCGAUCUUGAAUCUGUGUGCCAUAUCUCUGGAUCGCUAUGUGGCGGUCACGCGACCCGUCACCUACCCAAGCAUUAUGUCCACGAAGAAGGCCAAGUCCUUAAUCGCUGGCAUUUGGGUACUCUCAUUUUUUAUUUGCUUUCCGCCGUUAGUCGGCUGGAAGGAUCAAAAGGCGGUCAUACAGCCGACCUAUCCAAAGGGAAACCAUACGCUUUACUACACCACCACGAUGUCAAGCUCGGAGGAUGGUCAACUAGGCUUAGAUAGCAUUAAGGAACACGAUGAGGCAUCAGUGCCUCCGCCACCACAUAUGGGCAAUGGCAACGCCUACAAUCCCUACGAUCCCGAUUUCGCCCCCAUCGAUGGAUCGGCGGAGAUUCGAAUAGCGGCAAUUGGCUCGACCAGUACAACAACAACAAUAAGGACGACAACAAGUUCUAGUACAACGGAAACUGAAAUGGAUCUUGAUCUGUUGAACUUGCCACCGCAGAACAGACCUCAGACCAUUUCCGGCAGCUGCCCAUGGAAGUGUGAACUAACCAACGAUCGAGGGUAUGUCCUGUACUCCGCCCUGGGAUCCUUCUACAUACCCAUGUUCGUAAUGCUCUUCUUCUACUGGCGCAUCUAUCGAGCGGCAGUAAGGACCACCCGGGCCAUCAAUCAGGGCUUCAAGACCACCAAGGGCAGUCCCCGGGAGUCGGGCAACAAUCGGGUGGAUGAGUCCCAGCUGAUAUUGCGCAUCCAUCGAGGACGACCUUGCUCCACGCCCCAGCGUACCCCACUCUCAGUGCAUUCCAUGUCCUCGACCCUCAGCGUGAAUAGCAAUGGAGGCGGUGGCGGAGGUGGAGCAGGUGGAGCCAUGGGUUUGGGUGCCUCGGCCGAGGAUCAUCUUCAAGGCGGUAACCCCAAGCGAGCCUCUUCAAUGCGUGUUUGCCGUCAGCGGCACGAGAAGGUGGCCAUCAAGGUGUCCUUCCCGUCCUCCGAGAAUGUCCUUGAUGCGGGACAACAACCACCGCCUUCGCCCCACUAUGCGGUAAUCAGCAACGCCAACGGACGACGUGCCUCCUUCAAGACGAGCCUCUUUGACAUUGGUGAGACCACCUUCAAUCUGGAUGCAGCUGCUCCAGCCGGUGACCUGGAAAGUGGACUAUCAACCACAUCACUAUCGGCCAAGAAAAGGGCUGGAAAAAGGAGUGCCAAGUUCCAAGUGAAACGCUUCCGCAUGGAAACCAAGGCGGCCAAGACCCUGGCCAUCAUUGUGGGAGGGUUCAUCGUGUGCUGGUUGCCAUUUUUUACGAUGUAUCUUAUAAGGGCUUUCUGUGACCACUGCAUCCAGCCGACGGUCUUCUCGGUGCUCUUCUGGCUGGGUUAUUGCAACUCGGCCAUCAACCCGAUGAUUUAUGCCCUCUUCUCGAAUGAGUUCCGAAUCGCCUUCAAGAGGAUCGUCUGCCGGUGUGUGUGCACCCGCAGUGGCUUCCGGGCGUCGGAGAAUUUCCAGAUGAUAGCUGCGCGAGCCUUGAUGGCACCAGCGACAUUCCAUAAGACCAUAUCCGGAUGCUCGGACGAUGGUGACGGGGUGGACUUUAGCUGACUAAUCGGCAGUUACGAGCAGAGUCCGUUGCAGCGUAGCUCGUCGCUGCCGCAGGAGGCGGAGUGCUCGGGUUCUGUGUCCGGAUCGGGACGGAGGAUCCGUCGUGGUGGAUUCUGCAAGGGAAGAGUCCUCUAAGAGCAGGAAGACAAUGCAUUUUGCUUUUUUGAUACUUUUGUAAGCACCGCCAGACGCAGACGCAUCCCAUUUCUCAAAACUGUCAGUAUUCGCAUUGAACGACGUUGUAACUGUAUGGCAAUAAUUUUCAUGUAUUUACCUAGACCUAAGGCUAUGUUAAACUAUAUAUAUAUAUAUAUGUAUUACUCUACUUACCAUAUGAGAUAUGAUACAGAUACAUCACUAUGAGAUACACCUGUUAGACGUAAGCAGCCCAUUGUUUUCAGUUUCGUUGUGUACAUGUGUUAGCCGCUGAGGAAAACUCACACGCAUUAGUUAUCCAGAUAUAUAUAUAUAUAGGUAUAUUGAAUGUAUAUGUAUGUGUGUGUAUAGCAGCUGUGUAAGUCGGCUGCAUUUUCAAUAAAAGUAAAAAACGAACAAA